AUGUCGCGACAUCAUCCCGAUCUCGUCAUGUGCCGCAAGCAGCCCGGCAUCGCCAUCGGCCGCGUGUGCGACAAGUGCGACGGCAAGUGCCCCGUCUGCGAUUCCUACGUCCGCCCCACGACCCUCGUCCGCAUCUGCGACGAGUGCUCCUUUGGCAACUACCAGAACAAGUGCGUCGUCUGCGGCGGCGAAGGCAUCUCGGAUGCCUUUUACUGCUUCGAGUGUACCCGUCUGGAAAAGGACCGCGACGGCUGCCCCAAGAUUAUAAACCUAGGAAGCUCCAGGACAGAUCUAUUCUACCAGAAAAACCAAUCGGCAAGCGAAUUACUAACACCGCCCCUCUACAUCAUACAUGGUAAUCUCGGAUCGGAGGCUCGGAUAGUUCAAGUUCCCCAGACCAGCCAAGCCCCCUUCCAGCGUUUCGGUUAG